ACUAUGGUAACAGAUUACUGUUCUUAUGGCCUACGGCGGGAACGAUUACUUUCUCCGAGUUCGUCGACUGUCGUCUCUGAAGCCAAUAUGUACAACUGUUGAUGCUUUAAUCGGUCCCUGGUCUUCGAGAAUGGGCUGUGCUCCGAGUACACCCCCACAUGAUUCGGAAAAUGGUUCUACGUUCGAUUUUUCGCGUAGGAAUACGCUAGUUCGUCGGCCUGAAGUUUCUGUUGAAGUCGGUAAUGGAGUCAAAAAAGUUGAUCUACAACAUCGGGUUGUUAUUAUGUUUGGUGGUCCAGGAUCUACUAAAGGAAGUAUUAUAAAUGACUUGGUGAAAAUGUUCGGUUUUGUGUUCAUAUCUGCUGAAGACCUUAUCCUGAAGAACCUUCCAAGUAAAUUAAAAAGUGAGGCUGCAAGGGAUGGUACUGACCUGAUCAAAGGCACCCAUGCACUAGCCAAGGCUGUUACAAGUGACUCUAAGUCUUUCAAUUUAUCCUGGGUUUUGACGCUUCUGGCAGACAAGAUUGCUACAUACCCUGGACAAUUUGUACUAGUUGAUCUUAUACCAAGCAUGAAAUGUUUGCUUAAAGUUGACUCUUUUAUUAAGAACUGUGACAAGGAAAUGGAAGAGUUUGAAAAUAGGAAUCCUUGUGCAUUUGCCUUUAACAUGACUCUAUCCAAGGAGAACCUUAUAAAAAACAUCAUCAGCAGUCAUGCGUGUAUCAGGACUCCAUCACAACCAAACCUUAACCAAAAUCCCAUCCAAAAUGCUGCCAUGGAUAAAGGUGAUGAGAUGGACACUGUUAGGACAGAGAGAAGAUUUUCACUUUAUGAGAACUCAGUGAAAGACUUUUUAGAUUACUUUGACAAGGAUGACAGGGUUGUAAAGGUGGAUACCUCGUCUUCUCAGUGGCAUCUUAUUUGGGAAGCUGUUAAAGACUUUUUUGCUGGUGAAAUGGACUUUGAGGCUGAUAGAGUUAUAAACACUGUUGUCCUGUUCACAUUUGAUGAGCUGUCUACAAAGUCAGUAGACACAGACAGGUAUCCCAUGAAGACAGUUAAGCUAAGCAGUCUUGUGGAUGACCCGUAUGCACCUACUGUUGAGCUGUUGUCAGUGCUGGCGCGGUUCCUGGAUCAAAGCGCUCUCCAGUCCCGAUCUUUUCUAGUUGACCUAUCGGACACGUCCAUUGACGAAAAAGCCGUUUCUGAUUUCGCCAAACCCACUAUCAUGUUUGUUGACGUCAACAUUGGUCAGCUCGAUUACUUCAUUCACGGACUCACGAGAAAAACUUUCCGAAAGAAGUCGAUGUUCAGAAAAAAGGCUCAGUAUUACAAGGCUAUCUGCACCACUGAGAACGAGACUCUCCUCUUCCCCGAGUGCAUCGAUACUGAGCUGUGCCGGAGAAUAGCUAUAUGUUUAGCAGAGCAGAGAGAAAAAGUUCCGUCUUGACCAAACGCUCUCAACGUUAUGAAGGUGAUUCAUGUAGGUGGGGAGAUGACAUUGUUGCGUUGUGGAAGGUUGUCGCUACUUUAUGGCGUAACACAUAACGGCUAGACAGGAACUAUAUAGAUGGUCGACAUUUGGCACGACACAACCGACAUACCACGGCACGUCAAGAACUAUAUAAAUGGUCGAAACAUGACACUACACGGCCAACACAACAAGGAACGACAUGUCCGACUGGAAACUCUUUAAGACCGAAAAGCCCAUAACGGCACUACAUCACGAAAAUAUCACGACACGAUCCACCACGUGACUACAGUGGAAAGACGUGAGUACCUUAUUUACAGCCGUAACGAGGCCUAUGUCACGUACCGUGUCACACUGAUAGCGACUGCCCAUUAUUGACAAAGUGUUGAUGGCACUCUGUACUCUUACAGGAAAGAAAUGUUGACUACUAAAUGUAUAUUAUGUAUAUAAACGAUGAUGGUAGCAGUAAUGAUGAUAUGAUAAUUGUGCUGCUGUCAAUGAUGAUGAAUAUCGAUGCUAUUUAUUCGUUAUUUAAUAAAAGUAUUUUGUAUAAAAGGUAUACAUUUUUUUUAAUUAUACUAUAAUUAAACUUCUUUAUUCAACCAACUUUCGUUCAAACUAUAUUUUUGUUUUCUUUAGAAAGUGAAGGUGAUAGUAAUAUUGUAAUUGUAAUGAUUGUGAUAAUAAUAAGGUAUAAGUUGUAAGAUCGAAGGAGUAAUUAGCAAAGUAGGGUCGGUAUUCAUUGUGUUAGCUAUGAUAGAUAGGGUGGUAAUGAUGAUGUUGAUGAUCGUGAUGUUUGUCAUAUUGAUGACUUGGUAGUGCUGAUGUCAGAGAUGAUGGUGAUACAGUGAUGAUAAUGAUAAUAAUAUUAUUAAUUAUUGUAAUGAUAAUAAUAAUUAUUAAUAAUUGUUAGUAGUGUUGAUGGUUUAUAGUGAUUUAUUUUUUCGUAGUGGUUAUAUGUAUAUUAUUGUUAUAAUGGUUGUUAAUGGUGGUUAUUGUGGAGACGGUUGUAGCUUCGAUGGCUUGUAGUGCGAUUUGAUGAUGAGAGUGAUUUUAACGAACAUCAUUGAAUAAUGUUACCGGCUUUUUUGAUGUUGGCGGUGGCUUGUAUGAUAUAUGGAAUGAUCAGAAGUUAUCUAAUAGAUGAUACAAUUUGUACUAUCUAUAGACUUAUUUUUGUAAUGCGUAUAGGUCACUUAGAUUACAGUAAAGCACAAAAAAGUA